AAUUUUCAAUUAUAACAAAAAUUCUAAUUAUCGAACAUACCCCAAUCAAAUUAUAGUUAAGAACUGAACAUGGAACGAAUGUGGAGACGUAUGAAUCAGGGCUUAACCAAGCCCAGUAAAAGUAAAGUGCAAAGACAUAAUCCAGUGCCAGCUAAUUUAAGCGAAACGUUUCCCGAAUUGGAACAAUCUCAAAGUGCCAAAAUUUUGCUAGAUAAACGAAGGAAACGGUGCCGAAAAGGAAAACCACGAGCUCGUAGUAAAAGUUCGUCACGAACACCAAAGAAAGUCGAAUUUCCCAUUCCAUCCGGCUCAAAAGAUCCAUCGUCACUCAAGGACCGGGCUGUAGCAAAGCUCAAAAUGUUAAAUUUCAAUUUAAAUUGGACAUCGCACACAAUGUGCAGACCAUGCAGGUCAAAUAUGAACGGAAACAUAAUAACCAGAAGGCUGUGUCGUAAUAAGCAAGUGGACGAUAAUGAACUGUACCGAUCGAAUAGCUUUAAGUUUGAAAAAUUCAAACGGGAUGAGGUUAUUUCCAAUAGCAACACUUUGCCGAGACCGAUAUCGGUUUGUGAUGACUAUAGUUUACCGAUUGACUUUGUUUUCCACCGACAGCUCAGCAACGUUAGUCCGAAAAGUGUGAAGCAAGAAAAUGCAAUAGAACCAGAAUUGAUUCCUACCAAAAAUUUGAUAGUACAUCCAAAAGCUGUGAAAGCCAACGUUAUUAAGGACUAUGUCAACUUAAGAAAACAUGAAUCAACCUCAGAUUCCUCUCUACCCAAAUCAUCGGAUGACGAAAUAUUUGAAAACUCCGACCGAGACUCGCCAGAAAGUAAAGCUGACGAUCUAUCGAAUCUGUUCAAAUUAAAUCCGUCUCCUUACUACUACGGUGAUAUUUUUGGAAAAGCCAAGUCUGAAAAAUCAGCAUUUCAACCGUUUGUUGCAGCCAACGCUGUUCGAUACAAACAGAAUACCUCGAAUUUUAUACCGCAAAGAAAGAAAAUCUCAUCGCAAAGUCGUCGCUAUUCGGUCACUGAAGAUGGAGUACAUAUAAUCAAAUGCGAUUCACCAUCGACCACCACAUCGGAUGAUUCGAACUGUACAGAGUGCCAGAAACGACGAGAGGGAAAACAAUCACUCGUCGCAACGCCAAAUUCAAUACAAUCGGAAUUGCUUCCCAUGCCACCACAUCGAUUAUUGGAACCGAUUCUUUGUGCCUGCACUGGCCCGGAAUAUAGCAAUGAUUUUGCGGACGCAUUACAAUCGAGAAGUGUAUUUUACGUACACGAACCGAAUGUAGACGAAUGUGCCGAUUGUUGUCGCAACGAGAGUGGAUUAACGUAUGAUGAUACAAUGCCAAACGGUCGCAUUCGACAAGUUUACGAAACUGCGUUCGAUUCCAAGAUAUCGCGAUCCGACGAUGAUUUGGACGAUCUGAGCAGCGUUCUGUCCAAGUCAUUGAAAUUGAAAAAUAAAUUCAAAGCAUCCAAGAGCACCGAUUCAUUGCAAUUUCAUGAAAUAUUGCAUCCCGAUGUGAAUCGCACCAGCGAUAAUGACACACAAAAUCCAUCCAAUAUACCUAAAGAGAAUCGACUAACUGAACCGGGUGAUGGCGACGAGUCGAAUCGAAAUAGUGACGUGAUAUUGUCUUCCACACAGCUUCCAGUAACAAGUAGAUUUAAGCAAUCACCUCCAUCGACUGCACCAUUACCGUUGAAAUUUCCACAAAAAUAUGACACCGACCAUUGUUUGAAUAGCAAUAAAAGUGCACCGAACAUACCGCAAUCGAACACAAUACACAACUACAGCUCCACGAGCGAUUCAAAGGCCAAAGAACCAAUUACCAAAGAGUCAAUAGUCAAUCGGAUAUUGUCCAAGCAACGUUUAUCCGGCAAUAAAACCAAGCGUCCCAGUUCGAUGAUCUUAGAGUCGGAACGAGUGCUCGCUCUGAAGCAUUCACGUCGACCAUUGCGGUUCCAUCACAAGCCGAAAAAUUUCUCAUCCACCGAAAGUAUAACCACUUCGAGCAGUGGCGGCAGCAUGGAAUCGCUCAGAUCUAGUACAAGCGAAGGGAACAGGAGCACGACAAGUUCCGAGUCUAGACAUUCGUCAACGCUGAGCUCGCACAGUUCUGACUCCGGAGCGAAAAUUCGUCAUCCUGCUAGACUGAAUAUGAUGCUACAUUCAAAGUUGCAUGUGCUCAGUCCGAUAUCCGAUAAAUCAUUACAAGAUCCCACGUCAGAAAUUGUGGAGGUCAGUGCUGUGGGCGAAAAAGUAGGAAAGGCAUCGCCACAAAGUGGUCGUGAAUUUGACAAUUUCAAAUCGAAGAAAUUUCCGCAAAAUAGGGCACUUACCUUGCUGGCAGGUGACGAGAUACAAGGAUCUGACAGUGGAAUAUCGUUGCAAUCACGAGACGGAUCCAAAUCAAAGCACAGCUUUCACAGUUUCGACAGUCCCAAAUUACUCGGCAGCAAGUUGACGAUAAAUAAAUCAGAUUUGAAUCUCUGCGAAGACUUUGGUAAUUUACCAUUUGAUAUGCCAAAAUUGAGGCGAAAGAAGUUGAUCAUGGAACAGAAUCAAUGCGCCUCAGGCAGUGCAACUUCCGUCGAUUUGGGCGAUUUACCGUUCGACAUGCCGAAAUUGCGCAGAAAAUUGCGAUUGAGCAAUCAAAAUCAUCUUUCGAUGAACGCCACUGCUAGCACUGAAUCAAGCGAAUUAUCGCUGUCCACUCAGUCGAUGCGCGGUGAAAGGAAACCACUUGAUUCGUUCAAACAAAAUUUGACAUUGCAAUUCCAACCCAGUCAUUCCGCAAGAGAUGGAAAUGAAAAGGGACUGCACUUAAAUUUUGAAACGGCUACCACCUCGUAUCCAGUAAUAAAUGUCGACAUUCCACUCAACCGACAAAGCUGGUACCAUGGGUCGAUAACGCGGAUCGAGGCUGAAAACACGUUACGUUCAUUGUCCGAAGGAAGUUUUCUCGUUAGAAAUUGUGAAUCUUCCCGAAAUGAUUUCUCGCUGUCACUGAAAAGUGCUAAAGGCUUCAUGCACAUGAGGAUCCAGCAAAACAACUAUGGUCAAUUUAUACUCGGUCAUUUCAGUCAACCGUUUGAGUCAAUAUCGAAAAUGAUCAGACAUUUCUGUCUGAAUCGUUUGCCGGUUAGAGGCGCCGAACAUAUGUGCCUGUUGGAACCAGUUGCUGCUCAAUUGCUUUAAAAGCACUAGCCGGUGGUGGAACGAAAACUCUACAAUAAAAUCGUUGUCGAUAUUGAAGUGAAAAUUAAAAAUUUUUAGCGUUUAACCAUUACACAUUUCCCAAAACUUGUUUCAUAAAUUUUAGGAAUAAAAACAAUAAUUAAUUAUU